AUAAAACACGAUAUUUAAAUGAAAGUCGGUUGUGAUUGGGCCACAAUCUUAUUGGGCUGAUAGUGGUGAAGGUGUACGAUGCACUCGCCCACAGCUAAUUAUAGCUCAGUGAAAGUUUGUUACAAAGAAGGACGAAGCAUUUCCUCCUUCCCUCUCUCAUAUUCGUGAGUUUAUUUUGAAUUUUCGAUUCUCUCUGUAACAAUGGCGGAAGAGGUGACGAAACCAUGGGCUCCCAUAUCACAAUCAAUCGAAAGCUUUUGGAUCUGCUAUGAAACGAGCGGAGAAGGAGACUUGAAGAAGUUUUGUGCAGAUUUCGAGGAUGAAAGCUUUCCAAAAGAGUUUCUUGCUGACUUUAUCAAGAAGGUCGAUGAUGAAAACAACCAGAAGUCCCCACGGUCCACUAUGAUUUCGCAUUUUGCUUCCCUGAAAAAGAAGAUGAAAGCUAGAAUCUCCACUAAGAACAACAGAGCAAAGAAGGCUGCAGAGAAAAGAGCUCUUGCUGACAGGGAGCUUGAGGAAAUGGAAAGGAAUGCAUCUGUAGAACACUUGCGCUAUGUUCUUGUGACCACAGAUCAGGAGAUAAAGCAGAACUUGGAGAUACUGAAGAUCAAGGCAGAAGAUAACAACGAGGCUUACAAGAAAAACCAAUCUCUUCGUGCUGCUGAAGCUAAACUCGUGAAGAAGGCACAGAAAAAAAUACACUCCCGUAUCAACCUCUGCAAUGAAUUCAAAGGCAUUAACAUUGAGAGGGCCCUCCAUGGUGACAACUGACAAGGGAGCACAUUGCGAGGGAAGCAAGAGUGAUUAAGUGGAUCCACAGCCCAUUCUCUCUUUUAUAAUACUACGUACUUUUGUUAAUAAAGACUUUGAUAUGCUGAUAUGAUAUGUUUUCAUGAUAAUACUUGUGAGAUGAUGCAUAUGUUUAAAGUGUUCUUCGCUAUAUUCAAAAUGUUUUGUUUAAGA